AUGCAAAAAUAGCUCUCGAUCAAUCCGAAGCAAGAUAAGAUAUAAUCUUCCCCUGAAUUUCACCCUUUAUCGAAAAAACCUACAAUUGAUUUAGACAAGAUUAUAGAAAGUGAAGAAAAGAAAGAUGAUGAGCCAGAGUACAGAUAAAUCAAUAGAGUCGAUAUAGAAUCAUUUGAGUUGGAUGAAGGAACCAAAGUAAUUAAUGGAGAACUAAGGCUAUAUGAAAAGAUUGGAUAUGGUGGUUUCUGUAAAGUCUAUAAAGCUCUUGUAACCUAUAUUGAUGAGGAUGAUGGAGAAAUUGUAAACAAGGAAAUGGCUGUGAAAAACUUCAAUAAGCAUACUCUCCAUAAAACUUACACUAGAUUUGAUAAGAACGGUCAAAUUGAAAAUGCCUCUCAACUUGAUAAAAUUUAUGAGGAGAUUGAUGUGUGGGAAAGGCUUGAGCAUGAAAAACUUUGCAGAAUCUUUUGUCUAUAUGAGGAUGAUGAUUAGAUGUAUCUUGUGAUGCAGUAUUGCGAGCACGGAACAAUACUUAAUUAUUAGGAAGAUAAAUAGAAUCCUAACAACAAAAAUUUUGUUAGAAAUAAAAAAGUGCACGAACUAGCUCGUGAAUAAGUUGACUUAAAAUAUCUAGGCAUAUAUAAGUAUUCGGAGGAAGAAGAAAUAGCAAAGUAUCUCUUCAGACAAGUAGCUAUAGCUUUAUAAUACCUUCAUAAUGAUGCAAAGGUAGCACACAGAGAUAUUAAGCCCGAAAAUAUACUAUACAUCUAUGAAGAUCUAGUGAAAGUAUCUGAUUUUACUCUCGCUAUGAGGAUUGAAUCAGAGGAUGAAUGUGUCUAUGGAUAGGAAGGUACAAUCUAUUACCUACCACCUGAGAGUUUAGCUUAUGAAAAGUAUAAGCCAAAACCGAUGGAUAUUUGGGCCUUCGGAGUCUCAUUAUACAACUACCUUACUUUGAAAUAGCCAUUUUUCGGGGAACUUGAAGAAGAAAUUAAAAAUAGAAUACUGAAUGAGGAACCUUAAUAUUUCGAUUGGUUCUCCGAUGAUUUGAAAGACCUUCUUAAAAAGGUUUUGGAGAAAGAUCCAAACAAAAGAUUAGACAUAAAUGGAGUACUUGAUCACAUUUGGAUGUAAAAUGAGCCAGAAGAAGAAUUUGAAGAAGAAGCUGAAGCAUGA